AUGUCGGACCCUCAGGCGAACGAGGCCGAGAAGAACAUCGAGAUAUGGAAGGUGAAGAAGCUCAUCAAGCGCCUCGAGGCGGCUCGUGGUAACGGCACAUCCAUGAUCUCUCUCAUCAUCCCUCCCAAGGAUCAGAUCUCCCGUGCCGCCAAGAUGUUGGCUGAAGAAUACGGUACUGCGUCCAACAUUAAGUCCAGAGUCAACCGACAGUCCGUGCUUUCCGCCAUUACCUCGACCCAGCAACGUCUCAAGCUGUACAACAAGGUCCCUCCUAAUGGCCUGGUCGUCUACUGUGGUGAAAUCUUGACCUCGGAAGGAAAGGAGAGAAAGGUCAACAUCGACUUCGAGCCCUUCAAGCCCAUCAACACCUCUCUCUACCUCUGUGACAACAAGUUCCACACCGAGGCUUUGGCCGAGCUGCUCGAGUCCGACCAGAAGUUCGGUUUCAUCAUCAUGGACGGUAACGGAGCUCUCUUCGGUACGCUUUCCGGAAACACCAGAGAUGUCGUCCACAAGUUCUCGGUCGAUCUUCCCAAGAAGCACGGUCGUGGUGGUCAGUCCGCUCUGCGUUUCGCCCGUCUUCGUGAGGAAAAGCGCCACAACUACGUCCGCAAGGUUGCCGAGUUGGCCGUCCAGAACUUCAUCACCAACGACAAGGUCAACGUCGCCGGUCUGAUUCUUGCUGGUUCCGCCGAUUUCAAGAACGAUCUCAACGCCUCCGACAUGUUCGACGGUCGUCUGGCCACCAAGGUUAUCAAGGUUGUCGACGUUUCGUACGGUGGUGAGAACGGCUUCAACCAGGCUAUCGAGCUGUCCGCCGAAACCCUCAGCAACGUCAAGUUCAUCCAGGAGAAGAAGCUCAUCGGAAAGUACUUCGAGGAGAUCAGCCAGGACACUGGUCGUGUCUGCUACGGUAUCGAAGACACCCUCAAGGCGCUGGAACUCGGUGCCGUUGAGACUUUGAUCGUGUUCGAGAACUUGGAGAUCAACCGUUGGAAGCUCAAGGACAGCCAGGGCACCGAGCACCUCCUUCACACGACCAAGCAACAGGAGACCACCAACCGCGAGAUCUUCAUGGAUAAGGAAACCGGCCAAGAGAUGGAAGUCGUGACCCAGGAGUCCUUCCUCGAGUGGAUUGCGGAGCACUACAAGGAUUUCGGUACCAACCUGGAAUUCGUUUCGGACCGUUCCACUGAAGGAAACCAGUUCGUCAAGGGAUUCGGUGGUAUCGGUGGUAUCCUCCGAUACAAGGUGAACUUUGAGCAGUUAGCUGACGUUGAUGACGAUGACGACUACUACGACGCGCCUCUACCGCAAGGCCACCACCUGGUCUACUUCCCCCUCCAGUCUCGGCCCUCGGAGCUGAUGCCAGACGGCACGGACCCCGACCACUGCCCCGGCGCCUCUUUCACCCGCCGACUCUGGGCCGGUGGUGAGAUCCGCUUCCGUGAGGCAUGGGAGGACGAGCUGCGCCUGGACGGGAGGCGCGUCGGUUGUGUUGAGACGGUCGAGGACGUGAGGCCUGAGAAGGGCCGGGUGUGGGUUGACCUCUGGCGGCGGUACGGCGCUCGUAGUGGUGGUCCCCAGACGGGUCCUGCGAUAGAGGAGCGGAGGACGCUCGCCUUCCUACCCGACAUCGACGCUCCCGCUCCAGCGAGACGGAGUCUAAAACCGCCGCAUGAAGCCACAUCCUCCCUCACGCUCACCCCGACCCAGAACCUCCUGACCAACUUCAGCGCGCUGACGUACAACGCGCACGCGAUCCAUCUCGACGCGGCGUGGGCGAGGCAGGAGGGGCAUCCGGCGACGCUGGUCCACGGACCGCUGUCUCUCGCUCUUGUGCUCGGGUUCCUGAAUCAUCUCGGCCAGCGGGUGAAGUGGUUUGGGUAUCGCAACCUGCAGCCUCUGUACUGUGGGCGUGAGAUGACUGUUUGUGUGCGUGACAGGGGUUCUGGAGAGGAGGGGAGGAGGUGGGAUGUCUGGAUUCGGGAUGCUGAUGGGGGAAUGGCUGUGAAGGGGACUGCUACGACCGUCGAUGGUUUCUCACGGGCGUUCGCGGCAUGUGUGUGA